GUACUGAUAAAAGUUGCACCGCUGUGCUUCCAUUUGGUGCAAUUGACACGUCUGAGGUAGACGCCUGAUCUUCACCGCAGGCCAAACCGUAGGAACACCACAAUGACUGUGCCCAAGAGCACAGCAGACCCACAGGGGGAGUGGGUUUGGAUCAAACCAACGACGACAGGCGAAUUCGAGGUGCCAAUUGGGGCAAGAGUAAUUUCCAGCGACAAAACCAAACUCACCGUCAAAGACGAUGAAGGAAAAACUAGAACCGUGCCGGCCGACGCCGUGGUAAAAUCCAUGCACAUGACCUCCAUAGUCGGAGUUGAAGACAUGAUUUCGCUUGGAGACCUCCACGAACCAGGCAUUCUAAGAAAUGUGCAAAUGCGCUACAACGACAAUUUGAUUUACACCUACACCGGUUCCAUUUUGGUGGCAAUCAACCCGUACAAGGUGUUGCCAAUUUACACGCCGACUCAGAUCAAACUGUAUCGCGGCAGAAAAAUUGGACAGGAGCCGCCUCACAUCUUCGCCAUUGGAGACAACAGCUUCGCCAAUAUGCAGCGAUACAAGCAAAACCAGUGCAUCGUGAUCAGUGGAGAGAGCGGUGCAGGAAAAACGGAGAGCACAAAGCUUAUCUUGCAAUACUUGGCGGCUAUCAGUGGCAAACACUCGUGGAUCGAGCAGCAAAUUUUAGAGGCAAAUCCAAUAUUGGAAGCGUUUGGAAAUGCAAAGACGAUCAGAAACGACAAUUCUUCUCGGUUUGGAAAAUACAUCGACAUUCACUUCAACAAGGAUGGUGUCAUCGAAGGGGCAAAAAUCGAGCAGUACUUGCUGGAAAAAUCUCGAAUCGUGGCUCAGAGCACAGAUGAGAGGAAUUACCACAUUUUCUACUGCAUGCUGGCUGGUCUCAGCGCAGAGGACAAAAAGAAACUCGAGCUGCAAGACGCCUCAAGCUACAAAUACCUGACUGGGGGCGGAAGCAUAAUUUGUGAGGGCAGAAAUGACGCAGCCGAGUUUGCUGACAUCAGGUCGGCAAUGAAGGUGCUAAUGUUCACCGACCAAGAAAUCUGGGACAUUAUGAAACUGCUCGCGGCACUCUUGCACAUGGGCAACAUACGCUACAAGGCGGCGGUGAAGAAAAAUUUGGAUGUGACAGAAAUUCCAGACGACACAAAUGUGAAGAGAGUGGCAAACCUGCUCGGCGUUUCUCCCAAAUCUCUGGUAGAGGCACUGACAACGAAGACAAUUUUCGCCCACGGAGAAACGGUGGUGUCAAGCCUUUCCAUGGAGCAGUCGCUCGACGUGCGCGAUGCGUUCGUGAAGGGAAUCUACGGACAGCUGUUCAUUCUGAUCGUGGACAAGAUUAACAAUGCCGUCUACAAGCCGCAAAUUUCGUCUGUACAAAAGAUCGGCGUCUUGGAUAUCUUUGGCUUUGAGAACUUCAAUAUUAACAGUUUUGAACAAUUCUGCAUAAACUACGCGAAUGAGAGUCUGCAGCAAUUCUUUGUGCAGCACAUUUUCAAAUUGGAGCAGGAAGCCUAUUCAGCAGAAGGAAUCAGCUGGAAGCAUCUCGAGUUCCAGGACAACCAGCACAUUUUGGACAUGAUCGCUUUGAGGCCGAUGUCCAUUAUGAGCCUCAUUGACGAAGAGAGCAAAUUCCCAAAGGGCACUGACCAAACAUUGGUGAGCAAAGUGCAUGCCAACCACCAAGCCAACAAGUGCUACUUGAAGCCAAAAUCCGAUUUGAACACGUCAUUUGGUUUGGAGCACUUCGCCGGCGUCGUCUUUUACGACACAAGAGGCUUCCUCGAGAAAAACAGAGACACCUUCAGCGCCGACCUGCGCCAGCUUGUGCACAUCAGCACAAACCGUUUCUUGGCACAGCUCUUCUUUGACGAGAAGCAAGUGAAUGCCAGAGGCAGCGUUCCGGACACGACCAAACGCCAACAAACACUCUCGGCGCAAUUCAGGCGGUCCCUUGAUGCUCUGAUGAGGACACUGAACAGCUGCCAGCCGUUCUUUGUGCGCUGCAUCAAACCCAACGAGUACAAAAAGCCUCAGAUGUUUGAUCGCGCCUUGUGCUGCCGCCAAUUGCGUUACUCUGGUAUGAUGGAGACGAUUCGCAUUCGCAAAGCGGGCUACCCAAUUCGACACGCAUUCAAAGAAUUUGUCGAACGAUAUCGCAUCCUCGUCCCUGGCAUUCAGCACUCUGCCAAGGCUGACUGGAAACAUUUGGCAGGCAAAAUUUGCCAAGCAAUCUUGGGCAAGGUGGAUUUCCAGUUGGGCAAAACCAAAGUUUUUCUCAAGGACGCACAAGAUUUGUACCUGGAACAGGAGAGAGCCGUGAUAUUGGCAGCCAGAAUCUUGAUUUUGCAACGCUGCAUUCGAGGCUGGAUUCAGAGGCGAAAGUAUCAGAGACUGAGAGCUGCCACGAUCAAAAUCCAGACCGCCUGGCGAGGAUACCUGCCACGUAAGCGCUUCUUGGAAGUGAGAAACGGCUACAGCAGGCUGCAAGCUUGCAUAGCUUCCAGGCGGCUCACGCACAGAUUCACACGCACCAGGGAAAGGGUUAUCAGACUGCAAGCUCGCUGCCGCGGUUACUUGGUCAGACACGGUAUGGCGCGUCGGGAAAAGGCAAUCAUCAAGGUGCAGGCGCACGUGCGGCGCAUCAUCGCGCAGAAAACUGUGUUCCGCAUGCGGUACCGCGAGCUAAAGAUGCAAGAGAUCCGGCGGCUGAGAAAGGAGGAGGAGGCCAGGUUCAAGAAAGACAAGAUCGAAAAUUACAAGGAAGAGGCCGAGAAGAACUACAAGAUCCGCGUGCAGGAGUUGGAGAAAGAAAUGCAGGAGCAAGAGGUGGACGCAAAGUGGCGUGCGGAGCGCAACAACCGCCGCAUCACGGAUGCCCUGAGGAAGAGGGAGGCGCCCAUCGACCACUCGCAAUACGUGGCCGACAUCUUCGGCUUCCUAGAGAAAACGCCAAGCGAGGUCUCGUCCUCCUCACUGCCCAGCCCAACCUCCGAGCAGCAAAGGACGACCGUUUACGGAGGACUCGCUGCUCAGUCUACUCCAAAGGCACCACCGUCCGAAAUUAUUGACGCGAUGGGCAAGAGCAAAUUUGAAAAAGACGACCUGGAGGACUACAGCUUCCAGAAGUACGCGUCCACCUACUUCCAGGGACAAAUCAACCAUCAGUACUCGAGGAAACUGAUAAAGCCGUCCUUGCUUUCCCUUCCAACAACCACAGAUGAACUUGCUGCUCAAGCGCUAUGGAUAACGAUCCUCAGAUUCUGCGGUGAUUUGCCUGAGCCGAGAUUUGUGAAUGGAGACCGGGACAACAGCUCAGUCAUGCAAAGGGUCCAAGCUACCUUGGGAAGAUCGUUUGCACAGAGCCCUCAGUUUAAUGACCUGUUAAACGGAAAGGAACCCAUUACACCUAACUCGAACCUGCCGAGAUCGGUUAGGGGUAAAUUAGUGUCGUUGACCCUGCGGCGAAAGAACAAGCUGCCCGAAGAAAUGCGACAGGGAAUGCUGAGCGAUGAGCUGGCCAAAGACAGCUACCACAGUUGGCUCACCUCAAGGCCUACAAGUAACCUCGAAAAGCUGCACUUUAUCAUUGGUCACGGAAUUCUCAGGUCGCAAUUGAGGGAUGAAAUUUACUGCCAAAUUUGCAAGCAGUUGACCAACAAUCCCUCUAAAUCGUCUCACGCAAGAGGAUGGAUUUUACUCUCGCUGUGUGUUGGGUGCUUCGCGCCGUCAGAAAAGUUUGUCAAGUACUUGAGGGCCUUUAUCAGGCAAGGGCCACCUGGUUACGCUCCCUACUGCGAGGGCAGACUACAGAGGACCAUCACCAACGGUACUAGGACGCAACCCCCAAGCUGGCUUGAACUUCAGGCGACUAAAUCAAAAGAGCCCAUCCUACUGACGGUCACUUUCAUGGACGGCGCUCAAAUCACCCUGAGAACAGACUCAGCCACCACCGCAAGCGAACUGGUCGACAGCGUCGCAAAUAAGAUUGGGCUAAAAGACCGCUUUGGAUUUUCGUUGUUCAUUGCUCUGUUCGACAAGGUGUCUUCUCUGGGCAGUGGUGGAGACCACGUGAUGGACGCCGUUUCCCAGUGCGAGCAGUAUGCCAAGGAGCAGGGCGCCCAGGAGAGGAAUGCCCCGUGGCGCCUGUUCUUCAGGAAAGAGAUUUUCGCUCCAUGGCACGAUCCGACAUUCGACCCUGUCGCCACCAACCUCAUCUACCAGCAGGUUGUGCGCGGAGUCAAGUACGGAGAGUACAAAUGCGACAAGGAAGAGGAUGUUGCAAUGCUGGCCGCUCAGCAGUAUUAUAUUGACCACGGAAGCAACUUGAGUCCUUCAAUUUUGAUCGGCUCCUUACCCAUUUACCUACCAGACCCGUAUCUGAUCGGACCAAAAGAGAAGGUGAUGGACAAAUGGUCCACGUCUGUUACGCAAGCUUUCAAGAAGAGCUAUUACGUGAAAGAGAGUGUUCCAAAGGAGAAGGUUAAGGAAGACAUUGUGACCUACGCCAGGCUUAAGUGGCCACUCCUGUUUUCAAGAUUCUUCGAGGUAUUCAAAGUUUCAGGUCCAACUCUAGCCAAGAACGAUGUUAUUAUGGCCGUGAACUGGACGGGCAUCUACGUGGUCGACGACCAAGAACAAGUUUUGCUGGAGCUUUCCUUCCCAGAGAUCACCGAAAUUUUGACCAACCCGGCUGUGAUGAAGAACGGCCAGGCAACCGCACCGCAGAUUGUUCUGCACACGGCCCAGGCUCAGACUCUUACGUUCAAUGCGCCUAACGCGGAAGACCUGAAGGAACUGUUGCUGUUCGUGAUUGGCGAGCUGAGGAAACUCUCCAGGUUCACUGUCGCCCUGCAAGAUAACCAACCCAAAGACAGCAACAUGCUGACGUAUUUGAGAGGCGAUCUUAUCUAUCUGGAGGGAGAGACGAUUGGCGAGACUUUGAUGAAAAGUGCUUGGGGCGUUGGAAGGAAUAGGAGAACCAACCAGAGGGGUGACAUCGCAAGUCAAAACGUCUACAUUCUUCCUACCCUCAAAGAACCACCUACUGAUAUUGUUGCGCUCUUUUUGCAAGACGGUGCCCUCAAGGGCAGGCAACUGCAGCUAAUGAACAUCGCAAACGGAACUGAAAACAGGGUGAAACCGCACACCCUCAGCAACUACGCAGGAGAACAUUUCAGGUUGAUUUCAAGGCAAUCCUUGAGUAAGGGUCAAACGCUGACCUCAGCCAGGGGUAAGAACGUUAGCAACGAUGAGCUGUGGCGGUACUCGCGCGAACCCUUGAAGCAGCCUCUGCUGAAGAAGCUCGUCAACAAGGACGAACUGGCGGAAGAAGCGUGCUUCAUGUUCCAAGCCAUUCUUAAAUACAUGGGUGACUUGCCAUCCAAGAGGCCAAGAAAUAGUUCGGAGUUGACCGACUAUAUUUACGGCGGACCACUGACCCACGAGCUCCUGCGAGAUGAGGUUUACUGCCAAAUCAUGAAGCAGCUGACUGGCAACACAAGCGACUUCAGCACUGAAAGAGGCUGGGAGCUGAUGUGGCUGGCGACAGGACUUUUCGGCUGCAGCACUGGCCUUCUGAAGGAACUCACCAUGUUCCUUAGGACGAGAAAGCACCCGCUGGCUCAGGACUCGCUGCAGCGGCUGCAGAAGACGCUGAACAACGGCCACAGGAAGUACCCGCCGCACCCCGUCGAGGUUGAGGCCAUCCAGCACAAGACCACGCAGAUAUUCCACAAAGUCUACUUCCCCGACGACACCGACGAGGCAUUUGAAGUGGAUUCAUCCACCAGAGCUCGCGACCUGUGCGCCUCAAUCGCCAAGCGGCUCAACAUCCACUCGGCGGAAGGUUUCAGUCUGUUUGUGAAAAUUGCCGACAAGGUGAUCAGCGUGCCGGACUCCGACUUCUUCUUCGACUUUGUGCGUUACUUGACCGACUGGAUGAAGAGGACCAGGCCAACCAGAGACGGAGUUGUGCCAAACUUCCUCUACCAGAUCAUUUUCAUGCGCAAACUUUGGACGAAUGUUCUCCCUGGAAAAGACAAGAACGCGGACCAGAUCUUCCACUACCACCAGGAAGUAGUCAAGCUUCUCAGAGGCUAUCACAAAUGCAGCAAAGAUGAGGCAGUACAAUUGGCUGCGCUUAUUUACAGGGUCAACAACGGCGUCAACAAGAACGAGCUGGCCAACAUAGGCCAAAAUCUGAAGGACUACGUUCCGAACGACAUGAUCCGCCUGCAGAGCAGUUCUGAUUGGAAGAAAGCGAUCACGGCGGCCUACAACAAAAACACAGGUAUGAGUAAGGAGGAGGCCAAGCUCGCCGUCCUUAAGAUCCUGUACCAGUGGCCCACUUUCGGCUCUGCCUUCUUUGAGGUGAAGCAGACCUCAGAACCCAUGUACCCCGAGUUCAUUAUCGUCGCGGUGAACAAGAACGGCAUCAGCCUGAUCAACCCGCAAAAUAAGGAAAUUUUGAUCACGCAUUCGUUCAACAAAAUUUCCAACUGGUCAUCCGGCAACACCUUCUUCCACGUGACCAUUGGCAAUCUGGUGCGAAGCAACAAGUUGCUCUGCGAAACUCCACUUGGAUACAAGAUGGAUGAUUUGCUGACCUCGUACAUUUCCUCUCUGGUCAACACCAUUGAGCAGAGAGGCCGAAUUUACUAGAUAAAUCAUUAUUUAUUUUUCAUAUUCUAUAAUAAUUAUACGUAUCUUGUAUGGUUAAUGUUGGGGUAUGAAUAUUGUGACUUGCAAAAUGAUUUUGAUUGAUUUUAAGAAUAAAUAAUUAAAGUUGAAUUUUAGAUUAA